AUGAAGAAAAUGAAGAAAACACAAAAUUUGGAAAAUAUAAGAGAAAAGCCUGUAGAAUCAGUGCCUAAAAGGUCCACAGUACCGGUACAGACUGUCUCACCACUACGUGUUCCACAAUAUCUUAAAUCACCUGGAUCUCAAGAGUGUUUACUAGAGGAACAAAGAAGACAUAAAUCAGCAUUAAGAACUCCAGAGAAGAAGCAUUCAAAACAUCUUGAUCCUUCUUGUGAAAGGGCAAGAGAACUUAAAAAGAAACUGGACUUCAUGGCAUGUAUUGACCUAGUGCCUCCAGAUUCAAUAAGAGAUACUCCAGGAAAAAGGUCAGAGAGGAAAAGAAAAAGUACAAAUAAUCCAAAUUUUGCAUAUGGAUUUGAACUGGAGAGAAGACCAAAGCUUACAAACUUUUUAGCAAGUGAUUAUUUUGGUGCCAAAAAGACUAAACCUAAACCACCGAUAUCUAAGUCAGAAAAUACCUCACCAAGUGCUAGUAGACCUACAACUCCUGUGAGCCCUAAUGCUAGGCCUGUAAACAACAACCACCAAAAUACAAAAGAAAAUAUGCCUGAAAACACUGUAUGCCAUAUAUGUCAUCUUGGAGGUCAAUUAAUACAGUGUGACUCGUGUAGAAAUAUAUAUCAUCUAAAAUGUUUGAUCCCACCAUUAACUAUAGUACCUACAGGAACGUGGAGUUGCCAUAAAUGUCAGGAAUCUUCCCAGAAGUGUUCAACCAUAUCUCUCUCAGCUGUUAAUAAUUACAUAUCUAAUAAAACAGGGAAAGAAGAAGACAAACGGAAACUGCUGAAAAGAAGUGCUGAACUGCUGCAGGAGAAAACCCACCUUGAAAACAGAUCUAAACAACUUAACGAGAUUUUAGCUAGACAGGGUGUUAGAAAACAGGAGUUAAUAGAGAUUAAUCUAAAAGCCAAACAGUCUGUUGAAAACCUGAAGAAUUUUGUGAAAGCUGUCCAGUCUUCCUAACAUAUUCUCUUUACCAGUAAUUUUUAAAUAAUUUAUCAAAACAUAAGCUUAUUAAAGUGUAUAAAGCUAUAUAUUUGCUGACUGAGGAUUGUAAAAUUAUUGUUUAUAUUGUGAUUAAUAUGAUGACAGAAUACAUAGAAUGAAAAAGUCAUCAGUAUAUUUUAUUGAAAGCGAGUGAUAUAUGCAUGAAAUCGUCGCCAAACAUAGUAAAAAUAGCUGCUGAAUAUUUUGUUCCAGAUUGUUUUAUUCUGUUUUCUUACAAUAUUCAUUUACAUGCAUAUUAAAUUACAUAGAAGUUAUAUUUAACAAAUCUUUCAAGAAACAACCAUUACGUUUUGAAAAAAAAACAUAACUUUACUGUUUUUAAUUUUUUUAUAAGAUAUUGUAUCAUAUAAAGCUUUAUACACUUUAAGAUCUUGUAUGUCAACCAUUUUUAUGUUUUGUCAAUGUUGGUUCCUACUACAUCUUGCCAUUAUAACUGGAAUCAUGAAAUUAAUUCAAAUCAUAACAAUUAAAUCUUCAUGAAAAAUUAGUUUUGUAUCCAAGUUUCACAGAAACAUUUUCAGCUGUCAUUCAUUUUCCUCUAUAUUUUAGUACUUGUGCAGUGUUCAGAUUUUCAAUAAAGCUAAAACAAAGAAAAAAUAGAACAACAUUGAAUGUAGAAUACCAACUUAUUACACUUUCCUCCAUUAUAUUAAAAUAGUUCAUGUUAUACAAAGAAUGUGUACAGAUCAAAAGACUUUUCAAUGAAAAUAUAGAAAAUGUAAACAAAUUACACGACACUACAUUGAUUGUAAAAUACGUGUUCAAAUUACAUGACUACAUUGAAUGUAAAGGGGUGCUCAAAUUACAGAAUCGUUUAAAUUACAUUACUACAUUGCUUGUAAAGGGGUGUUCAAAUUACCGAAACGUUCAAAUUACAUGACUCUGCAUUGAAUGUAGAGAAAGUGUUCAAAUUACAUCAGUAAAAAGAAUCUGUUAUAAGAAAUAAAAUGAUAUUGUAC